AGGGUCAGACAGCCGUCUUUCCGUUGGCCAUGGUGCAGCUACGGCCGCGUUCGUCGCGUAUUCCCGCGCCGGCUGAGGCGAUGGUGGACGAGGACCAGGUGGCCUCGGAGGAGGAGGAGGCGGAGCAUGGCUUGCUGCUCGCGCAGCCCAGCAGCGGCGCGGCCGCGGAGCCACUGGACGAAGAGGAGGACGGGGACGACGAAGCCCCGGAGGAGCUGACUUUUGCAAGCGCCCAGGCGGAAGCUAAGGAGGAAGAGCUGCGCGUGCGCGAGAGUGCUCGCAGGGAUAAAACGCUGUUGAAGGAGAAGAGGAAACGGCGCGAGGAGCUGUUCAUCGAACAGAAGAAAAGAAAGCUGCUUCCAGAUGCUGUUUUAGAGCAGCUAACUCCAGCGUCAAAGGCUGACAUAAAGAAAUCACCAGGAAAUGUAAAAGUUAAUUUGAAAAAGAAAAGUGAACAGCAUGCAAAAGGAAGAAACCCCAAGAAAGUUAAAAUUCAGGAAGUGCAGACUGUCGGUCAGACUAAAAGCUACAUGGCUGUAAGGCUUAAAGAUGAAGAUCUGAGAGAUUCAAGGCAAGCAGCAGCCAAACACUUCAUCCACAGUUGUUUAUAUGGUGCAGAUUCCAAGAGGACUACUGUAAACAAGUUCCUGUCUCUGAACAAUAAGAGGUUACCAGUGAAAAAGGCUGCAGCCCAGUUUCUGAAUAGCACCUGGGGUGGUCAGAAACAACAAAAUGCCAAGAGGUUUAAAAAACGGUGGAUGGCCAAAACAAUGAAAAAGAAAACUUACAAGUGAAUCAAAGUCAAAUUAAAUAAAGAACCUGUAUUUUAUAUGUAUAGAGUUUAAGGUUACUGGGUGUAGAGAGGAUUCACUUCUCAAUAUCUAGUCAUUGAUAAAUCAUUGUAAAGGAUCAUUAUAAAAAUCAUAAACAAUUUUGUUUGGGAAA